CAAGUUUCCGUUUCCAAGGCAACCGCGCAGCAAGACGUCACUUCCCGUGCGGUGGUUUCUCUCGUGGAGCUCCUCGUGCUCCUGCAAGGCUCGGAACGGUACCGUUGUGGGGCGGGCUAACUUCAGAGGCCCGCCCCGGAAACACGGACAUGGCGGAACCGGCGGGAGUGUCAAGUAGACAUGAGAAGAGCCUGGGGCUUCUCACCAGUAAAUUCGUGUCCCUCCUGCAGGAGGCGAAAGAUGGGGUGCUGGACCUGAAAGUGGCUGCUGAUACAUUGGCUGUGAGACAGAAAAGGAGAAUAUAUGAUAUUACCAAUGUACUGGAGGGGAUCGGUUUGAUAGAGAAAAAAUCAAAGAACAGCAUCCAGUGGAAGGGUGUUGGUGCUGGAUGUAACACAAAGGAAAUUCUAGAAAGACUGAGGAAUCUUAAAACAGAAAUCGGAGACCUGGAGUUGAAAGAAAAGGAGCUGGACCAACAGAAAGUGUGGCUGCAGCAGAGCAUCAAUAAUGUUAUGGAUGAUUCAGAAAAUAGGCUAUUUUCCUUUGUAACUCAUGAAGACCUGUGCAACUGUUUUAAUGAUGACACGCUGUUGGCAGUUCAGGCUCCUUCUGGUACGCAGCUAGAAGUUCCCAUUCCAGAAAUGGGCCAAAAUGGGCAAAAAAAGUACCAGAUCAGUUUGAAGAGCAGUUCUGGGCCAAUUAAUGUGCUUCUGAUCAAUAAGGAAUCUAGCACAUCAAAGCCUGUUGCUUUCCCGGUGCCCCCGCCUGACGACGUCACGCAGCCCCACACACAGUCUGACACGUCCAGCAGUUCCAGGAAACCGCCCACCCAAGAUCCCCAGACAGAAGAAAUGCAGAAUAACAAUUUAUCACAGUCUAGCACAAGUGUUAAUACACAGGAGAGCACUACUUCUGCAAGUAACUUUUCAGAACUGCCAGAUUCAUUAUUGUAUCCAUCCCUAACGUCAGAUUUAACCCAGACUACUGCCAGCUCCAGUGAUUACCAACCACCGCUGCUUCCCCUGGAUGUCAGCAAUAUCCUCAAACCAAAUUCUUUUGACAUAACAAAAAUGGAUGACCAAGAAGGUCAGAUAAGUGGCGACUUAAUUGAUGAGCUAAUGUCCUCCGAUGUGUUCCCUUUGCUGCGGCUUUCUCCCACUCCAGGAGAUGACUACAAUUUCAACUUGGAUGACAGCGAAGGAGUUUGUGACCUCUUUGAUGUUCAGAUUCUGAAUUAUUAGAU